CUGCAGAAGCUCGUCGGCAAGGGCGGGUUCUCCAGAGUGUUCCACGUGAAAGCGACCGCGAGGAAGGCGGACGGCGCGCCGAUUCCGGGGAGAGACUUCGUGUUGAAGCUCAUACCGAUACGGAAGCUCGUGGAGAGCGGCGUGGAGCACACGGUCCGGCACGAGAGAGACUUAUUGUCGAGCGUGAGGCACGCGUCCGUCGUGCGUCUGCACACCGCGUUUAAAGCGAUGGAUCACAUCUACUUAAUCAUGGAUCUCGUCACGGGGCGGGAUUUCUACUGGAUCAUGCAGCACUACAACUUAUCCGACGCCGGCGCGCGGUUUUACAUCGCGCAGAUCGUGAUGGUGUUGGAGUACCUGCACAAGCUGUCCAUCGCGUACCGGGACGUCAAGCCGGAAAAUUUCAUCGUCACGACGAAGGACGGGUACCUGCGAAUGAUCGACUUUGGGCUCUCGAAACUCUUAGGUCCCGGGGAGCGAUCGUACACGUUCUGCGGGACGCCGCUGUAUCUCGCCCCGGAGGUGUGGGGAAGUAACGGCCACAACCGGAGCGUUGACUUGUGGGCGCUCGGCGUGCUGACGUACGAGAUGGCGUUCGGGAAGCUCCCGUUCGAGGCGAAGAGCGAGAGCGAGCUGAAACAGAAAGUCGUCGGCGACGCGCUCAAGUUCCCCAGGGAGAUCGGGUCGUUCGGGAACGACGAGAUCGACCCGCGGCUCAAGUCGCUCAUCAUGGGCUUGCUCGAGAAGAACUCCACGCGGCGGUUGGGGAUGUCCAAGGAGGGCACCAAGGCGGUGCGAUCGAGCGCGUGGUUUAAGGAUCUGGACUGGCACGCGAUAGAGAAGCGGAAGCUCGAGCCGCCGUUCUACCCG